AAAUAUUUAUAAAGAGAAGAAUGAGCUAUUAUUUAAAAGAACGAGAAAAUUGAAAAAUAAUGAAAAGUCUAAAGAUGAUAAUUUAGAAACUAAAGAUGAUGAGAGAGAUACUAAUGAAUAUAUAAAUAAGAGUGUAGAGUUAUUAGAUUUAAGCGAAAAUAAAAACUAUAAUGAAGAUGAUAAAAAAGAUGAGGAAAUACAAGUAGUUACUCAAAGUUUUUUUGCAAAGAAAGCUGAGUAA